GCGAUGGUGCUCGCAGAUCCACGCUACUUGACAGUGACGAGCCCUUGACAUAUUUCUACGAGGACGUCAAAACCUUAUACGAAAGUUUCCAGAGGGGCAUACACGUGUCAAAUAAUGGCCCUUGUUUAGGAUCUCGGAAGCCAGACCAACCCUAUGAGUGGCUUACAUACAACCAGGUUGCGGAAAUGGCAGAGUGUGUGGGCUCGGCGCUGAUCCACAAGGGCUUCAAGAUGUCCCCCAAUCAGUACAUUGGCAUCUUUGCUCAGAACAGACCUGAGUGGGUGAUCAUUGAACAGGGAUGCUUUGCUUAUUCAAUGGUGGUCGUCCCUCUGUAUGACACCCUUGGAGCCGAAGCAAUCACCUACGUAGUCAACAAAGCCGAACUCUCUCUGGUUUUUGUUGACAAGCCCGAGAAGGCCAACACGCUAUUAGAAGGUGUAGAAAAUAAGUUAACGCCAGGCCUCAAAAUCAUCGUUAUCAUGGACUCCUAUGGCACUGAUCUGUUGGAGCGAGGCAAGAAGUGUGGGGUGGAAAUCCUCAGCAUGAAGGCAAUGGAGGACCUGGGAAGAGCCAACAGACGAAAGCCCAAGCCUCCAACACCUGAAGAUCUUGCAGUAAUUUGUUUCACAAGUGGAACUACAGGCAACCCCAAAGGAGCAAUGAUCACUCAUCGAAAUAUAGUGAGUGAUUGUUCAGCUUUUGUGAAAAUGACACAGAAUACUGUCAAUCCUUCCCCAGAUGAUACUUUGAUCUCUUUCUUGCCUCUUGCCCAUAUGUUUGAGAGAGUUGUUGAGAAAAUACUUGGCCUGAAUGCCAGUGACACACACAUUUCGUUUUUACCACUUGCACACAUGUAUGAGCAAAUGAUGCAGUGUGUGAUGCUGUGUCAUGGAGCUAAAAUAGGAUUUUUCCAAGGAGAUAUCAGGCUGCUUAUGGAUGACCUCAAGGUACUUCAACCCACUAUCUUUCCUGUGGUGCCGAGACUUCUGAACCGGAUGUUCGACCGAGUAAGUUCCAAGUGCAGAAUUGUGGGACAGACUUUUCCCCUUCAGGUGUGUGUGAAAGGGCCAAAUGUAUUUCAAGGCUACUUGAAGGAUCCAGCAAAAACAGCGGAAGCUCUGGAUAAGGAUGGCUGGUUACACACAGGGGACAUUGGGAAAUGGUUACCAAAUGGUACCUUGAAGAUUAUCGACAGAAAAAAGCAUAUAUUUAAACUGGCACAAGGAGAAUACAUAGCACCUGAAAAGAUUGAAAAUAUCUACACGCGAAGUGAACCUGUUGCUCAGGUGUUUGUCUACGGAGAGAGCUUGCAGGCAUUUCUCAUAGGAAUUGUGGUGCCAGAUGUGGAGACAUUAUGUCACUGGGCCCGAAAGAGAGGGUUUGAAGGCUCCUUUGAAGAGCUGUGCAGAAACAAGGAUGUCAAAAAAGCUAUCCUAGAAGACAUGGUGAGACUUGGGAAGGAGUCUGGCCUCAAACCGUUUGAACAGGUCAAAGGCAUUACUCUCCACCCCGAAUUAUUCUCCAUCGACAACGGCCUUCUGACCCCAACAAUGAAAGCUAAAAGGCCAGAACUUCGGAAUUAUUUCAGGUCACAGAUAGAUGAACUUUAUUCCACUAUCAAAGUUUAAUGGGAGGAGGAAAGCUCAGAAGAAACCACACACCUCCACGAUCUUCUGAUGGCCUUCACGUUGGUAAUUUUGACUACAGCAAGCGUAGGGAAGGGACCGUCCAUGUUUGACUUGUGCAUUCUGGGUUCUUGUCGUAGGAAUAUUAGAGGAAAUGGAACACUGCCUUACAGUCACCUCGUGUUGUAGACCAUGUCUAUGGUGAUAUACAAUUUCCAAAAUGAGCCUUAAAAAUUGUAAAGGGGAAACUAUAAAUGUGCUAAGUUAUUUGCGACUUCCUCAGUUAAAAAGACAGGUGUGAAACUUCUGUCUCCCUGUUUUUCUAACCAAGGGAUUAGGACUUUGCUAUUUCUGAGAUGUCUGCUGCUUGCUGCAAAUUCUGCAGUUGUCUGCUGCUCUGAAGAGUACAUACAGUGCACUGGAGGAAAACUGUCCCUUAAGAACUGUCCUGGCUGGAGAAUGUCACAAGUGGACCAGAGGCGUUUGUUUUUGUUUUGUUUUUUUAAUCCCUGCCACCUUCCCUUCCCCAUUUCACAGGCACUCUUAAACCCUUCCGUUAAAGAGUUAUGAAAGUCCUGCUCUUCUCCACAUCCCCUAUUGUUCGUGUUGCAGAAGAAGGUUCCCAGGGAAGCAAAGGACAGACCAACUCAGAAGAGCAUAGAUAUUUUGAGUCUCAGAUGAAUGGCCGCUUGCCAGAGCAAAUGGAUUCUGGCGCCCACAGAGCAGCAUGCUCUCAGAUCCUCCUUUCCAGACCUGAUUCCUCCCUCCAUCCCUUCCCAGGGGUUAUGAAAAAAAUCUGCCUUAGACUACUGUAAAGACAAGCAUUUCAAGAAGGAAAUAAUUACCUAGAAAGACCAUGCUCAACUGUGACGCCUAAAUAACUGUCCACUUUAUCUUCACUGAACCAGUCACUCUUUGUGUGUGAUGGCCAACGGAUUUUUAAUGUGGUUUUAAUAUCAAAGGUUCAUGUUGUGAUUAACUGGCUUUUUUCCCCAUAAUAAACUCUCAGGCAAGGCAUGUCUUUAAAAAGAUUAAGGGAAUAGAUAGACUUGGGUACUUAUUGAAAUGGACAAUAAUAAACAAAUACUCUUCUAUCAUCAUGCUACCUGAUUUCUAAUGAAAUGUAUUUGACAAGCCAAAAUUCUAGGAUGUAGGAAUCUGGAAAACUCAUUUCCUGGGAUGAACUUCUCAAGGGACUUUUAUAAAAGUUAAUUUGGGAAAUUAGCAGCAUUUGACUUUACUGCAAGCCUUUGCCACAUGUGACUGAAUAAGUUGUCAUUUAUACAUUUAAAGCAAUUGUUUGUGGGUGUGUGAGAGUACAUGUAUUACACAAGCACAACAGGGUUUGCACUCAAGAAUUGUCAUUGUAGUAACAUAUCUGGUAGCCUAACUUCAUGUGUGUAUUCUUAAUUGCACAAAAGUCAAUAAUUUGUCACAUUGGGGUUUUGAAUGUUUGCUUUAAGUGUUGGCUAUUUCUAUGUUUUAUAAACCAAAACAGAAUUUCCAAAAACAAUGAAGGAAACCAAAAUAAAUAUUUCUGCAUUUCAA